AUGGUCUGUGCCGGUUCCGGUCUCGCCCCCUUCCGUGGGUUCAUCCAGGAGCGUGCUGCGCAGAUUGGAGCCGGGCGGAAGCUGGCUAGGGCGCUGCUGUUUGUCGGAUGUCGUGGGAAGGGUGACACGCUUUAUGACGAGGAGUUCAAGAAGUGGUCGGCGAUGGGAGCUGUGGAUAUUAGGUAUGCGUUCUCUAGAGAGACGGAGAGGAGCGAAGGGUGUAAGUACGUCCAGGAUAGACUGUGGCAUGACAGAGUAGAAGCUGUCGAGCUGUUUGAUGAGGGUGCCAAGGUGUUUGUGUGUGGGAGCCGGGAGAUUGGCGAGGCGGUAAAGGUCACCUGUAAAAAGAUGUAUUCAGAGAAGGCUGCGGCGUUAGGGAAGCCGAAGAGCGAGGAGGAGGUAGAGGAGUGGUUCUCGAACCUGAGGAACGCGAGGUAUGCGACGGAUGUGUUUGCUUGA